CAUGCACAUACGAGUCAUUUAAUCAUUGGGUGGACAAAUAAAAACCCAUAACAAAAAAUUAACACACAAUUAACAGAGUUUUAAGGUCGGCUAAAAUACAAACUGAACCAACCUAUCACCAAAAGCCCCAAUAUGCCUGCAUGCAUUCCAUCUAUACUUUAUAAUUAUUGUUCUUCACGACCAUUUUUGCUGCCCAGAUUUCUCCCUUUGUAGUUUUUAAGUACAAAUUUGGCGGAUUAAAUUCAUUUUAUCGAGCGAGGGUUUUCAGAUUUUGUUGCGGCUGCAUUUUUUCAGAUUUUGUUUUAGGGGAAAUCAUGGAAGGCUCUUCAGGCGAUCCGCUGAAAGGGAGGACGUUUGCAAUAGAGCUUACCAGCGAUGGGGCAGCCCGCUUGCGCGAGGUCAUUAAACAGAAGCUCGCUGAUUUCAUGGGCAGCUACACAGACGAUGUUUUAGCGGAAUAUGUUGUUGUUCUCGUCUGUCAUGGGAAGCAUCAGGACCAAGCAAAGAAAGAUCUGAAUGCAUUUCUUGGUGAUCACAGCAGUGCAUUUGUUGCAUGGCUUUGGGAUCAUGUUGCAUCCAACAUUCACGACUAUUUGCCAUCAUCACAGACAGUGCAGCCAGUUGAUAUAAAAGAGCAAGCAAAAAAUCAUUUUGAAGAGGGACUAAAAAGAGGCUCUGAGAAACGGAGCAGGAGUAUUGAUAUGGAAACAAAGUCUAAAGGUGACAAUGUAGAACCAGUUUCAGUUGUCACUCACAAAGAGGUGAUGGAAAGAUCCACUAAGGUUCCAGGAACUCGGCGAAGAAGGGAAUGGGCUUCUGCUUACAAGUCGUCAAGAGAAGUAAAGGAAAUGCCAAGAGAUGAAACACCAAGACAUCAAACUGAAUAUGAAGAACGAAAUGAUUCUAGAGCAAGUCGAAAUUCCCAUUCCAGAGGCAAAUCAGGCUCCAAGAGACGGCACUCACCAGAGAUAUGGACACAGAGAGAGCAGUUGCGGCAUGAUGAAGGUCAUGCAGACAAGAGAAAAAGCUCACCUGCAGGUUUACAUGCAACCCGUCGGCUUCUACAAUCUGCUGUACGUGAAGCUGUUGGUCCUAUUGGGCCAACCCAUUCUAAACGAUUAGAAUCCUCAAGAAAGCGUCUGCGUUCCGUUGUUUCUACACAUGUUGAGGAUUCAAAUGAACUAUCUGAUGCUUUUGAGGACUCAAAUAGGCCUAGGGUACUUGCAAAUUCUCUACCAGCUAUGGCUGUGGCUGUGAAAGCAGCAGCAGCAGCAGCAGAGGAUGUAGCAAAAUUAAAAUCAACAGGAAGUGUCUUUGAUAGACUGGGCAAAAAGCUUGGCAGUGAUGUAAACAGAUUACAUGAAGACAUUGAGAAACCUACUCUGGAUGAUGAAGGAAAUGACAUUGAAAAUGCAAUGACAGAAGGGGUCUACCGAGGACGCAAAUUUCAAAAUAGAUCUGAAAUUCAUAAUAGAUUAAAUAGGGGAUUAAUAGAUGAUAUAGCAAUGAUGGAUAGGGAAAGUGUUAUGCCUUUAGAUCCCACUUCUGAGGGAUAUGACGAAGUAGAAGAUUCAAGGCAAAUGCGACAUUAUACAGGUUCUUCAACCAGAAGAAAGCAAUUAGAAAACAGAGAGAGUGAUGUUGUCUCAAGGGUCUCAAAUUUUAAGGAAAGGCAGCCUCUACGACAUCAAGAACCAAACAAACACCCAGAGGAAUCAGUGACUGUACAAUAUAGAGUUGCAAAAAAUUCCCAGGAUAUGGCCAGGGAAAAUAGAGUUCAGAGGGCUGCAUCAGAAACAACAAGUGCUUCCGGGAAAAUCUUGAACAUAUCUGUGAAUGUUAAUACCUGGAAGCCUACUCAUUUCCAGUCAUCAAGGGAUGCGGUUGCAAUGAAAACAAAGACCUCUAAUGUGGAUCCUAAUUUACUGCAAGAUCACACUAAAAUGGAUAUUGAUGGUACUUUGCCAGAUGACACUGAAAUGGGGGUUAAAAAUGAGGUUGGGCAAAUUGUCCCUGUCACUGAGGCAAAUGGUGCAUCAAAUGCAGAUUUUUCCAGUGAUAUCAGGAAAGGGACUUCAACUUCAGGAGUUGGUACUUCAGGCCGAACUCCCGAGGAUGCUGAUUCAAGGACUGUUUUUGUCUCUAAUGUUCACUUUGCUGCAACUAAAGAGUCAUUAUCCAAACAUUUUGGUCGGUAUGGUGAAGUUGUCAAGGUUAUAAUACAAACAGAUGCCACAACCAGCCAACCCAAAGGGUCAGCUUAUAUUGAAUUUGCUAGCAAAGAAAUGGCCGAAAUGGCUUUGGCCUUGAAUGAGACUUCAUUCAUGUCCCGAAUGCUGAAGGUUAUGCGAAAAACUGCUUCAAAUUCAAAUGUUGAACCUUCUAUUAUUGCUCGGCCUCCAUUACGUUGUCCUUUUCCAUUUCUCAGCAGGCCACCAGCAAGAGCUGUGUAUGGAAGGGGCUUUCUGGGUACAUACAGAAGGGCAGGCUAUAUGGCAAGGCCUUUUGGUAGUACUCGCAGUUUCCAAUGGAGGAGAGAUAAAGCAAGUGGUACCUCUGAAAUUUCAGGAGGUUCUUCUAGUGAGUGUCCAGCACCAUCAAGCUCUGUACCUGCAAGUGGUGGAAUUCCUACUGGUCUAAGCUCUGCACAGUUGCCAAGGCCUCUUACUUAUGUUCGCAAUGCUACAAAACCAUCAAUUGAAAAUGCUGGCCAGGCUUAGUAGUAGUGGUGCUAUGGUUGGAAUUAAAUUCUUUACGCCAGUGAAUGAGAACAUUGAGAAGAGAUGCUAGAGAUUACUGCUCUUUUCAAAUUGCAUAUCUUGAAGACUUUAACAAGAAAUAUGUUACAGGAUAAUGUGGCAAGAGUUCUAUGUUCAUAAGAAAAUGAUAAUACUUCAAUUUCUUGACUAGAAAAAAAAGAUUACAUUGCAUACGGUUAUCAUGGUUGAAGAGUUUGUGCAAAGAAGCUGAGGUGUAUGUUUCAGAAUUGCACAAUUAUUUUCCAGGCCAACCCAGUUUUGAGCUAGAGUUGUAAGACAUGCAGUGUAAUAAAAAAAAUAUAAAAGAAAGCAUGUGGCAAGAUUUGAAAUAAUUUUGCUGUGUAUGGUAUUUAGGUUUUUAACAUUUUUUGGAUGACUUUGUUUAGCUAUUUUGGCUGGAUAUCAUCGAACCUGCGCCUGUAGUAUUACUUUCUAAAUGCCUUUCUAUCUAUUUGAUCUAGUGCUGCAAAAGCUUUACAGUUU